AUUACAUCUCUCCCCGGAUUUCAUCGCCCUCUCCCCGCUUUUAAAUUCUCAUUCACACAAUCUUCGUUGUGGAAGCUGCUCACCGCCGCGCCUGCGCGUUCUCGCGGCAACGAUAGUGAUGAUUGGCACGCGACUACAGUCAUCUGCACUUUCGCCCACACCGAUAUAAAUUCCACGACCGCCGCCCUGCUACGACAGCAACACCAUGGCGUUCAACUUCAACUGGAGUCCGCUAAUGGCCGACACCUCCGCCGCGAGGAUCAUGCUAACUACGGCUCUGAAUAAGUCGCCGAAGCCGCCCAUCAUCGUCGACGAUAUCAUUGUUACCGAGCUCAAUCUAGGAUCAACGCCGCCUGAGCUGGAGAUCUUGGAGGUUGGCGACCUGGCCGAAGACAGAUUCCGUGGAAUAUUCAAGAUGUCAUAUACUGGAGACGCCUUCUUGACGCUCAAGACUCGAGUACAAGCAAACCCUCUAAACACAUACCUAUCCACGAAACCGUCAUUUGCGUCGCCUCAACCUCUGGCCGCAGCAUCCGGCUUGACCAUUCCCUUGCAAAUAACGCUAUCGGACAUCCGGUUAUCAGGCUUCGUCAUACUGGUCUUCUCGCGACAGAAAGGGUUGACACUGGUUUUCCGUAACGACCCUCUCGAAUCGCUGAAAGUAUCCUCGACGUUCGACUCGAUACCGUUUGUUCGAGAUUAUCUGCAGAAGGAAAUCGAAGGACAAUUAAGGGUGCUAUUCAUGGAAGACCUUCCCGCCAUUCUGCACAGGCUAUCGCUGCGCCUCUGGUCGCCUGAAUAUGCAGAAAUGGAUGAUGAGCGCAUGGAACAAGAAGCGAAGGAUACUACUGUGCCGAUAGACCCUCUAGCGAGUCCUCCUCAAGAUGCCGUAGACGCGUUUGGCAACCCUCUUGACGAAGACCAACUUUCUGCCUUCGCCCUCGACCCCUCCUCCGAAACCCACGCCUCCUUCUCUCAAAAGAACCUCAUCCGACUAGCAGCCCUAACCGAAUCUCAUCACACCCUAUCCCUCUUCACACCUGCGAUGAGAGAGACAGUUUUCCGCGCUUGGGCCGGGGCCUGCGAGCGCAGCGAACAUUCAGGGAUAGCUACGCCGUCUCUCACACAGUCUAGCUUGUCGCGCAUACAAUCUUCGUUUGGGAGCAACAAGUCCACAACUCCAUCACUUGCGUCAAGCAGUACCGGCAACGAGACAGCAUCAUCACGUCCGACCUUACAAAGCUUCAAUUCCACUCAAACCGGCAUCGGAAUGGGCUCACGUACGAGGACUACCCGGAAGAAGAAGACCCGCGUUGUCAAUCUCCGAAAGGACAAGACCACCAGCGAAGAUGCGUCCAGCAUCGGCACAGACAAUUCCGCACCCCCCAGCAUCACCAUCUCCGAGAUCGCUUCCAUCCCAGAAGACCACGAAGAAGAUCUCGCGACCCCUCCCAAAUCUCCGGUCAAGACUCUUCGCUACGAAAGCCAGCACGGCAGUCUCGACGUCGGCGAGCCUGCUCAACUCCUAGAACAGCCCGCAGACCCCACACCCACCGCACCCGUCCUAUCUGAACUAUCGACCCCGAAAACCUCCCGCGACAGAUCGAAAGCGAAAGCCGCUUCUCCUUUCCCCUCACUUACGCCGGAACACCCUCAGCUGGGUCGUUCAACGACUUCGAAACCACCCCAAUCCCACAUCCAUCAAGUGUCUGGAUCUACUCGCAUGCUCCGCUCUCUCUCCCUCGACAAAAUCCCCUUCCAGACCUCCGUGUCUGGCUCCUCAACCUCCCGCCACCCGCUCUCGCCCACCGCGUACGCAGAGUCCAGCUCGUCUGGCUCGGGUGGUAUACUCGAGCAAGCCUGGAUGAUGAAGAUGGCGAACGAGAUCGCGCGGCGCGUGCAGGACGAGAAGGACAAAGAGGCGCGAGGCGAGCAGCGGGUUGCCGCGAAGCUGGACAGCGGGAUGUGGGAAGCUGGCGAUGUGGAGGCGCCGCCGGCGUAUGAGGCGUGAAGCAUCGAGCUGGACUUGAUGACGUGAUGAGGGUAAUGGGAUACAUAUGGUUGGGUCGCUUACUUGUAUAAUAUGGGAGGUCGGGUUUGAGUUGGCAGUGGGGUUGGCUGGAUUGCUUUAAGCGGUGCGUUGUAACAAAAGUGUACUGAGUUUGGGACUGGAUGGACUGAUGGCUGGAUGGAAGGAUGUGGAUAUACCCUUACCCUUACCUAGUCCGUCGUUGGUAUAAUUAAU